CUAUUUCCAUGUGUCCUAAUGGGGUGGUCUUCAUACCGACACUUUAUCUCCCUCUUGGGGGUCCACGACCCCCCUGGAGGGAGAAUAAAUAGCGCGGCCACAGCGUGGAGAGCGCAGCGAGCCCGCAAGGGGCUCAUUUGCGCUCGCCAUGCUGUCGGUAUGCCGGCGGUCGGAAUUCCGGUGCCGGUAUACAAUACUACACCCAUCCUAAUGACAGCGGCAUGCACAGUAGAUUCCGGUACAAUGCCGGAGCAUACUGCACCGUGCAGACGAGGGGGCCACCCGGAGUCCUCCUCUGUAUAACACCCCUGAUGGUAUAAAUGAAUGUCAGCAGUAUCCACGCUGAGGGCAGUGUAAUAAAGUGCAGAGAAAGAGGAUCUGCUGAUCUCAGUGUGACAUGUGACACAACCGUACAGCUUCUCUGCACCCCUCCUGCCGGAGACCCAUCGCCAGAGAUGACGCUGAAUAGACACCUGCUGCUUAUUUCCAACUCAACCCUCCAUGGAGGGGGUUACCUGGAGCACUGCCAGGACAAUAUACAGAGGUUUCUGGGGGCAAAAGUGAAACGCGUCCUUUUCAUCCCUUACGCUCUGCAUGACCGAGAUUCCUACGCUACAACAGCGCGACAGAAGUUUGAAGGUUUGGGUUACGCCUUAGACAGCGUACAUGAAGCUGCGGAUCCCGUAGACGCGGUACAGAAGUCAGAGGCCAUAUUUAUUGGCGGCGGUAACACGUUCCGGCUCUUAAAGGAUUUGUACGAUCAUGGUUUGGUUUCGGUCAUUAGGAAAAGAGUGAUUGAGGAUGGGAUCCCUUACAUUGGCUCCAGUGCAGGUACCAAUGUGGCUACGGUUAGCAUCAACACCACCAAUGACAUGCCAAUCGUGUACCCACCCUCUCUGCAAGCGCUUGGGCUGGUGCCUUUCAACAUAAACCCUCACUUCUUGGACCCGGAGCCCAGCAGCAGACACAUGGGGGAGACCCGGGAACAGCGGAUAUGCCAGUACCACCUAGAACCCCAGACUCCUCCUGUCCUGGGUCUGCGUGAGGGAUGCAUGCUGCUAGUGGAAGGAAAUAGGGCGACACUUCUGGGCAUAACUAACGCCCGUCUGUUUACAAGAGGUAAAUCCCCGACUGAACACGCUCCCGGCCAGGACUUCAGUUUCCUGCUGGACCCAUGAUGAGCUGAAGACUGACAGUAAAUGGAUCAUUCUGCCAUCAGGAUUUCUCCAUUCCGCAAUGAAUGUAAUCCAGUUUCCUUCUGAAGAGACUUUUUCUGCGUUUUACACAAUAAAACCUCCUAUACCGGCAA